AUGCCACGAACGAAACGAACUGCAAAAAUCUCUGACGGCGGCAAGGCCCCCCGAAACGGCGACAGCGAUACACGCGCGACGGUCGAGAAGCAGCAGGAAACGCACGACGGUUUUGACCCAACGGCCGUCUACGUCCGACGCACUACCCUCACAGCGAUCAAAAAGCCCCAGGGCCCUACAUCCUUGGCGCCGUUAGCGGACGUCAGCGUGCACGCCUCCCAAUCGAGCUCGGCUGCUGCCCAGCUGAUCGAAACCACCGAAGACGAGAAGAAGAUGAUGACUGAUCGAUGGGAGUCAGAUGUACACAAGCAGCUCGACCGCAAGCCUGCCGUCCCCGCAGUAAAGUCCAAAGACAACGUCUGUCUCCACUCGGAUUGUACCGCGGCUGUGAUGCGCGCGAAGAGCUGGGUAGCGCUGUGCGCGGACAGAGCUGGUCUGAAGCAACUGAGUGAGUGCGUUGUUGAGCAUGCUGGGAAGCGCACCACUCAGCUUACCUGA